AUGGUGGCAAAAAAGCAUCGAGCCAAGCCGAUUCCUCCAAACCAGAGCUUUGAGGAAUUCGCCGAGUUUAUUCGCUCAAUUAUCAGUGAUGAACAGCCGAAUGAGGAAGCACUUCGGAGGGUGUUUACUGUGUUUGAUAAGGUAAAAAAUUUAAAAAUAAAUUUUUAAACAUUUAAUUUUUUUUAAGUUUUUUUAUUUUAUAACUUAAAAUUGGUCAAUUUAAACCUAAAAAUCAACUUUCAGGACAAUGAUGGCGUUUUAGACGAGACCGAAUCAGAAAAAGCGAAUCAAAAAAUAGUGGAACAAAUCAAUUCUCUUCGAUCUGGAUUCAUACUGGUCGAUUUUCAAAACGAUUUUGUUGACGGUUCGUUGGGGAUCAAAGUAAGUGUUUUACCAUCCCUAACUCUAUCAUUGCAUAUGUCAUUAUCCCUUCUGUCUAAUUUACUACUACCCUUACCCUAUUUUCUAACCUUUUUUAAAAUGACCUUCCAGUUCACUAGUAUGAUCCUAUUGUACCUAUGAUAACAUGUACACAAUAACUGCGUCGUAUUUUACAAAAAAAAAUUAAAAAGUUAAAAUUCCAGCACGGCCGAGCGAAGCAAGACCCUUACGAUGCCAUUCCCAAAAUCAACGAUCUUCUCAAUCGCCACGAUGACUUCGAUAUGGUGGUAUACACAUUAGAUUGGCAUCCUCAGAAUCACAUCUCUUUCUACGAACAUUGUCGAAAUAACGACCGGUCGUUACAAAAAUUCGACCGCCAACGAAAGCUAAAGCCAUUCGAUAUUGUGAGCUUUGAAGAACCGUCGCUACGACAGGUAUUGUACCCAUCGCACUGUACUAUGAACUCAUGGGGAGCUGCUUUACAUGAUGAUAUUGUCAAGGUAGAGUCGUCGAAGUAUGUCACGAAAGGGUCGGCUGUGUAUGUGGAUUCGUAUUCUGGAUUCGCGGAUAAUACGGGACAAAAUAAGUAAGCAACAUUGUUUACAUCAUCUAAAAUGGCAUUAAAAUAUGUAAAAUUUAAUUUGGCUGCACUGUGCAGUCAUUAUUGAAAAAUUUAUUAUGUUAUUAUUUUAAAAGGUAUUGAUCUGAAGAUGAUUUUAAUAGCUUCAUCUAAUUAUUUUUUAAAAGAUAUUAUAGUAUUUUUUGAUUAUAUCACAUUGAUAAAUUGCACAGCAUGAAAAAGAAAAUUUGUUGCACGAAGCAAAAGUAAUAUGGGACUGCACAGUGCAAUGAAAGCGACUUCUGAAUUUGGCUUUUAAUGUCAUUUUAAGAAUGUAAAAGUAAAAAUGCUUUGUUCACAAAAAAUACUAAGAAAUUUCUUUACAAAACCGAGAAAUGGCAAGAACUUUCUUUACAAAGCAAUAAAUGGCGAUAUCGAAUUUUCAGAACAGAAUUGGAGCACAUUCUACGAGAAGAUGGAAUAAAUGCUUUGUUCAUUUGUGGCCUAGCCUUGGACAUUUGUGUGGCUUCAACAACUCGAGACGCCGCUAAACUCAAGUUCUUUACUUGUGUUGUUGAGGAUUGCAGGUAGGACAACAUAGGCUAGGGCUAGUGUAGGGUAGUAAAAACCUAUGCAAAAUACGCCUACUAAUAGUAAGGUUAAUAUUAACAUAUUUUAGCAAAGGCUUAAGUGAAGACCAAAUAAAGAAGACCAAAGACGAGCUACGAGGCCGUAACGUCCCAUACGUAACAUCAGAUAUAGUGAAGGCCUUCCUCGACGAAGGAAAGGUCCCUUGGCUAUGGGUCUGUCACAUGGUGGGCUUGGGAGAACGUCGACAUCGGCGCCAUCGUCACCGAAGUCAUCAUAAUCAAAGCCGAAGCAGUAGCGAGACGUCGAUUGAAGACGGAGAAGUUCAGAUCAAAGGUCAUGGACCUACUAGGGAGUUGUUGUCUGAUAAUGGUCUGAACGUGGUCGAUGGAUCAAGCGACGUGAACUCUAGUGAGAAUGGCGAAAAGGUUGAAGACGAUGGGAAACAGGAGGGGUCGGAAUGA